UAAAAAUGAAUCUUAUUUCAAAAUACCGUAAAGCACCCGAUACUCUUGAAAACAAUUUUUGUAUUGUGUCCAUGUACUUUAAGGAACAUUUUAUAGCAAAUUAUAACUUUGGUGAUACAAAUAAUGGUUUCAUAAUAUUGAAUAAAAAUAUUUAA